UCACUCAGCCAGUGGCUCGGGUCUGGGAUAAAUUGCCUGAGUGUGUCAAGGGCGGUUUUCAGAAGAGAAAAUAAUCAGAGAGGCUGCAGGGAAAACGUGGGGGGGAGCAGGACUGGGUGAGGCGCUCAUGAAGAGGGGCUAGCACAGACAAAGGGGAGCUGAAUGGCCUCCUGUGUUACUGUAACCGUUCGCAGUCUUAAUUUCAGUACCUCCACAAAGUGGAGUCUAAGCAAGGGACCUUCAGGGAGGCAGUGCGUUCUGAAGGGCUGGGGGACAUCUGUUAAAUACAAUGUGCCACUUGACUUCUUGAAGGGAGACAAAGGGUUAAAGACCCAGUCAGCAGAUGUGGGCCAGACUGUGGGGAGAGGGAACACCCAGCUGAGAAUUGAAUCUUUGCCUGUCAGUGUUGUAGACGAGAUUGGGGAAGGGAGGGAGACAGAGUGAGAGAGAGAGAGAACGAUGGAGAUUUCAAAUAAACUGCUUUCCACACAGUGCUGCUCCUACGUACUGGCUCUGCUCUUCUCCCUGUUUGUGGUGGUGCCCCUGGCAGAGAAUGGACGAGAAUUCAAAGGGAGGUGCCUGCUCUUCAGCCGGGCCUUCUGGAGGGAGGAGAACAGCACUGGCUCACUCAUCAAUCGCUUCGUGGUGGAGGAGUGGGGGCCUACGGCUGCCUGCCAGUUCUGCACCUUUGUGGGAUUCUUCACCCUCAUCUUCUGCGCUGUGCAGGCCUGGCGGACCCUGUUCUACCUCUGCAAGGGGCACGAUGAUACAUUCUUCUCCGCCUUCCUGAACCUGGUGCUGAGCUGCUCUGUGUUGUUCCUCACCAUCGUCGCCUGUGUGAUGAUCAGCGUGGGCUUCAACAUCUGGUGUGAUGUGGUCACUGACCAUGGCAACAUGCCCAUGAGCUGUGAGGAGAUCCAGUCGGUGAACCUGCACCUCGACGUAGACACAUCCACCUUUUAUGUCCACUUCAGGAUUGCACAGUUCGGCCUGUGGAGUAUUUGGACCAUUUGGGUGCUGCUGGGCGUGCUUGCCUUCCUGAAGGUUUACCGAAAUUACAAACGCAAAGAGCUGGCUCGCUGCCUGUCCCGGGAAAAGGAGCUCCUGCUUGACCGUUCGCUGCACAGCCGGCCCUUGUCCGAGGAGCAGGCCGACCUCCCCAGCGUCUUCAUCUGAGGUGACCGCUCCCCCGUGGGUCAAUACCGGGCACAGAUGCAAACUCUGCAGACCAAUGCACCCCUAGGCGAGCCUGGAGCCUCGGGCCUAUAUAAAUAGCCUUUAGUGGGAAUAGACAAGUCAGUGACCCCUGCCCUGUUCAGGCACGAGGGGUCUGGGAGUUAACCACUCAGAUAUUUUUGUUUGGAGUUUGCUUCGUGGGCCGCUCCAGAAUUCUGCCUUGCCUGGCCCCUACACUGUAUCAGCUUGUCAUCAGCAGUUUGGUUUCAUCACCUUCCGAUUUUAUUACCCCCAUCCCACGGCCUCUCUGUGCUCCCACCGCCCGUGAGGUCAGGUCAGUGAUUGUGAAGUUCGACCGUGAAGGGCGUCACGGUUUCUGACCCCCCCCCCCCACUUUCUCUGGUAGAAAGUGAGGACUGCAGACGCUGGAGAUCAGAGUCGAAAGAGCG